AUGCACAGUUGUUUGUCUAUUUUAAUAGGUAAAGUAUUAUCGGGUUUGUUUGGUGGAUAUAGUCCGGAUACAUUCAGCAGACAACAAUUUGAUCAAUUAGCUCAACAAACCGGUCAUCAGCCAGCAAUCAUGGGAUGUGAUUAUGCGUGCGGUUGGAAUAACAAUAAUAACCCGGAAAAGCUCAUUGACUUUUCAUGUAAUCCAUCAUUGAAAAAUCACUGGAGUAAAGGAGGAUUUGUGACAGUAAAUAUGCACUUACCAAAUCCAGUGUUUGCUAAUGGCGGCGGAUACAAGGAUCGAGGAAAUUUAGAUUUUAAUGAUUUAACAAAGCCGCAAACAACCACUGGAAAACGGUGGCGAUCAUUUCUAGACAGAAUUGCACAAGGUCUCAAUGAUUUACAGCAAGCAGGCGUAACAGUUUUAUAUAGACCAUUACACGAAAUGAAUGGUGAUUGGUUUUAUUGGUGUGGGCAAAGUCGAAAAAAUCCAUCAAUGUACUAUCCAGGUGCCAAUUAUGUUGAUAUUACGGCACUAGAUGUUUACACAGAUGAACCGACGAACAUGAACGGGUACGCUGAAAUGAUCAAUCUUAAGAAACCGUUUGCUCUUGGAGAAGUUGGACCAUCAACUACGAACGGUCAAUUUGAUUAUAUGAAAUGGAUAUCAGCAUUCGAAAAUAAAUUUCAGAAAGUUUCGUAUUUUUUGUCAUGGAACGAUGGUUGGAGCCCGGUAUCAAAUAAAAAUGCAAAAUCUUUCUUCAGUCACAAACGCCUUGUAAAUCGUGAUCAAAUCAACCUUGGAGGAAACAACAACAAUAAUGGAAACAAUAACAACAAUAAUAACGGUAAAAUUGUUUUACAUCGUUUCACCGACGGUAUUGGAAAAUGGGCUGGUCAAGAUAUUUCUGCCGGACCGUGGAAAUCAAAUGAAUUUGUUGUUAGUGGUACAGAGAGUUUGAAAGCAGAUAUUAAUUUGAAGGAUAAUGCUCGAUACGUAUUGUAUAAUCAACAAUCGUAUACUAAUUUGUCUGGUAAAAAAACUUUGAAAGCACAUGCGCGGUAUGCUCCAUGGGGUAAUGUUGGUGGUAAUGGAAUCUCAGCAAAAUUGUACGCAAAGUCUGGUAACGAUUGGAAAUGGCUCGAUAAUGGAUUGAAAAAGUUGUCGAAUAACGGUGAUACAGAAUUAGCGUUGGAUAUAAUGAAUAUAAAAGACAUCAAAGAAAUUGGAGUAGAGUAUUCCACAAAGACUGGUAGCUCUGGUCAAUCAGCGAUUUAUUUAGCCUACAUUACUGCGGAAUAG